AUGGCAUUUGGAAUCCUUGAGCCCAAGACUACAAGUCAUGUACCAGGAACGGUGCUUCUGGACCAGCAGGCUGCUGGCUCAGAGGUCCAGACCGGCCGCUUGAAGCAUGCUGCUGGGAAAAACUCACAUAUCAUCCUCGCACCGCAGCCAUCCGAGGACCCAAAUGAUCCGUUGAAUUGGUCGUGGUGGAAGAAACACAUCAUCCUCGCGGUCAUUUUUUUCGGAACCAUCGUUCACGGCGUUGUCCCCGGCCCAAUUCUCAAUGCUGGUAUCCUAGCAAUCUCCGCUGACCUUAAACGCACUCCUACCGAGGUUGCCAAGCUAGGUGGCUAUCUACUCCUUACGACAGGCGCUGUAGGUCCAUUCGCCUCUUCCAUCGGCCGCAAAUAUGGCAAACGACCCGCCUAUGUGUUCUCAAGUAUCAUUGGAACCAUUGGCAUCAUCGUUUCCGAGGUCGCUUCAGAUUACAACACGCUCCUUGCAGGCCGCAUCCUUCAAGGGGUUGCAGUUGCCGCUUAUGAAUCUCUCGCUGUAGCAUCCAUCGGUGACCUGUUCUUUGUCCACGAAAGAGGUCCGAGGGUGGCGAUGAUAAUGUUCCUGUUGGGCGCAGUGUCCAACGGUAUCUCGAUCAUUGCAGGCGUCAUCACAGCCAAUCUUGGGUGGAACUAUAAUUUCCAUGUCUAUGUUCCGUUCGCCGCACUUCAAACUUUGAUGGUCAUCUUCUACUGCCCAGAGACCAUGUAUCGACGCAAAGCCAUCUACGAAAUCGAUACACUCGGGUCAGAAGAAAAUCUCGAGAAGCUCGCUAGCAUCGAAGCCCGAGCCGCUCGACAUGUCGAGAAUCGCGACGAGCAGUCGGCCACUGAUGAUCCGGAAAAGCAUGCGCACGUCGAAAGCCAGGCCGCAUCGAACGAAUCCAGCAUCAACGCGGUCCAAACGGAUAACCUCCACCGCACCACGACGACAGAUUCCGUGAUCCCUGCACCGAAGACUUACUGGCAAGAGCUUGCACUCUACAAUGGAUCAUUCGUGGACGACUCGAUCAUCAAGAUGACCCUCGCAUGCCUGGCCAUCCUCUUAAACCUGGGUGCCCUCUACCAAAUCAUCAUGACCGGUCUCAUCAUCGCCUGGUACGUCGUCAUCGCCAUCAUCUCCGGCGUCAUCUUCGCCUCGCCACCGUAUCUCCUGAGCUCUGCCUCGGUAGGCUACCUCUCCGCAGGCCCAUUGAUCGGUGGACUGCUCGGCUCCGUCGUGUCCUUCUUGGCCUCCGGCCCGCUCACCCGCACCCUCACACGACGCAACAAGGGUGUCUACGAGCCUGAAUUCUGCCUUCUCGCGGUCGGCCCGGGCGCCGUCAUCAUGGUCGCAGGUCUCGUCGGCUGGGGCUAUGCAGUCCAUAACUUCGCCAACGUCUAUGUCAUCUGCUUUAUCUGGGGUCUAUUGCUCUUCGGGAUUAUAAUCACCGCCACCUUUGCAACGCAGUGGUCUCUCGACGCUUAUCGACAGCACAGCACGGAACUGUUCGUCAUGAACAUGGUUUUCAAGAACUUCUUCUACUACGGAUUGACGAACUACAUCAUCAACUGGUACUUUUUGCACGGCACGAUCCACAUGGGCGGAAUCAUGGCCGGCAUCACCGCUGCGUCGUGUCUGCUUGCUAUCCCCAUGUACAUCUGGGGCAAGCGCUACCGCAACUACUGGCAUCAUCACAAUCUCAUCACGAAGUUGAGAUUGGAGACUGACCAUUCAGGCGCCGAAUAA